AUGGGGGUGAUGGACGAAGCAGAGCCAGUGAAGAAGACGAUGAUAAGAGUGAGGGAGUUUGACGUGGAGAGGGACCUCCGGGCUGUGGAGGAGCUGGAGCGUCUGUGCCAGGUCGGCCUGUCGGGAGACCAAGGCUCUGACCCUGUCGCCGACCAUGAUGGUGGCGGCGCGGAGAAGACGACCAAGAGCAGCAAGAAGAAGAAGAAGAAAGGCAUGUCGCUCUACGUCGAGCAGAUCGGCCACCCGUUUGCCCGGGUGCGCCAUGCGCCGGACAACGUCAUGCUGGUUGCUGAGUACGGGGACGAAGACGAGGUUGUCGGAGUGAUCAAGGCGUGCACCAGGAUGGUGAGCAGAGGGAAGAAGAAGCAAAGCCUCAGCAGCAGCUCGAAGCAGUUCGUCAAGGUGGCAUGCCUUCUUGGCCUCAGGGUAUCCCCCUCCCACAGGCGCCUCGGGAUCGCGACGGAGCUGGUCCGGCGCGCCGAGUCGUGGUGCGCGGCGCGCGGCGCGGCGUACGCCACCAUGGCCACCACCGAGUCCAACGCGGCGUCGCUCGCGCUCUUCACCGGCCGCUUCGCGUACGCGCCGUUCCGGCGGCCGGUGUUCCUGGGCCACCCCGUGCACCGGCACCGGGUGCGCAUCCCGCGAGCCCACCGCGUGCUGCGCCUGCCCCCGCCGCUCGCCGUGGCCGCCUACGCCGCGCUGCUCCCGCCCUCGGCCGGCGAGUUCCUCCCCGCCGACCUCCCGGCCCUGCUCAACCACAAGCUCACCCUCGGCACGUACCUCGCCAUCCAGCGCGGCGGCGGCCCCGACGAGGACCCCGCGCGGACGCCGCCGUCGUUUGCGCUGCUCAGCGUCUGGGACGCCACGCGCUCCCUCCGGCUCCGCGUCGGCGGCGCGCCCACGCUCCUCCGCGCGUCCCUGGCCGCGGCGCGCGCGCUCGACCGCCACGCGCCGUGGCUGCAGGUGCCCUCCGUGCCCGACAUCUUCCGCCCGUUCGGGACCUACCUCAUGUACGGCCUCCGCAUGUCCGGACCGGAGGGCCCGGCGCUCCUCCGCUCGCUCUGCCGGCACGCGCACAACGUCGCGCGCAAGAACCCCGCGUGCGCCGUUCUGGCGGCCGACCUCGGGCCUGACGACCCGGCCAAGGCCGUGGUGCCGCACUGGCCCAAGUUCUCGUGCGACGAGGACGUCUGGUGUAUCAAGAAGCUCGGUGAUUCCACCGCCAGCGACAAUGCUGGCAGCGACGACGAUGAGUGGACGACGUCGCCGCCGCCCAGCGUCCUGUUCGUGGACCCCCGGGAGUUCUGA